AACUCUUAUAAUACAGUAAAGAUAUUUCAGUCUAUCUCGCUUGGCGCAUUCAAGAGGACAUCGACGACUUUCCACACGAAAUAAGUGUUCUGCGCAAUAUUUCUACGUGAACCGGCAAUCAUCUCCAAUUUGGAAAUCGGAAAGCAAUACUCGCUCUAAAAACGUAUUUGGCUGUAUUUGCUGGUUACGUAUUCUUUAUGGCAAAGGCUGUGCGCUUUAAAGUUCGUUGCACAGUUUGUCAUCAGGUUUUUCAAAACGACUACGUUGGGAAACAUACAAAAUCUAAACACAAAGACCUUCACGCGUCUGGUCGUCAGGCACCCGUAACCAUUGAGUUGGAUAAGUCUGAUACUCGUCAAAGUAAAAUGGAUGCCUUUUUCCGCUCAACUCCUGCCGACGACUCAAAUUCCAGUGGUGCGAAAAAGAGAAAAAUAGCCACUAGCGUUGAGAUUACAACAUUGUCUGAACCAGAGGAAGGUGAUGAACCGGCAACAGACCAUGGAGAGUCAAUUAGAAACACUCAAAAAGGUAAAUUUCCGUGAAUAUCUCCUUAGAAAUAGAUGACGUCCAUACGUGUCAUACAGUACGGAAUAAUUAAAUGAAUAAAUAAAUAAUAAAGUGCGGCAUUGAAACAAUUAUUACCCCUAUUUUUGAUCACAUUGAUUAACUUCAUUUAAUAGUUGCCAUUUCUUUCAAACUCUUAGAACCUAUUCUAACUGAACAUCAAGAAAAAGAGGACAUGAUAGAAGAAAGUGACGGAACUGGCUCGGGUGGUGAAUUGUCGGAUGAUGGGUCAGAUGAUGCUGAUCCUGCUGGUCUUGGAGAUAUGAUGAGCAUAGGUAUAUAUUUUCAUUUUUAGAUACUUUAAAUUUUGACAUAGAAUAUAAAGUUGACAAUAUAUUGCACUUCCAUAACUAGCAAUGAAUUAUAAAAGGGUGACACAAUUCCCAAUACAGUACUCUAUAUCGAGUUUGUUCAUGUUUUUUAUUCAUAGAUAAAUCUGAUGGACAAAGUAAUAGCAGUGGUGUACAUGAGGGGUCUAAGCUAGCAACAAAUUUAUCAGGACCGAAUGAUAUCUCUUUGACGAAAGAUGAUCAACCAGUGCAACCUCGAAAGAUUAAAUUCCCUUCUCAUAUAAUUGGUCGACAGUACAGGUUAUUUAAUCCCUCUCUCUAUGAUAAAUACUUGUGGUUGGAAUACUCGGAAUGUGAAGACGCUGUGUACUGCUUUUACUGCCGACAUUUAUUCGCCGAAAGAAAAGAGCCGACCUUUGUUACCCAUGGUAUGCGGAAUUGGAAAAAGUGCUAUGGAACGAAACCGAAUAACAACAAAUUGCUUCAACAUCAAACCAGCUUUCAGCAUGCUCAAUCUGUUGCAGCUCACGCUCACUACCUGAUUAGAUUAGUUUUAUUUACCCACAAAUAAUAUUUACAAGUUGAAUAUUUAAGAAUAUAUAAACGGGCUAGAGACCUCUGGAAAUCCUGUUGGACUUUUAAGACGAGGCCCCUAU